AAAAAAAAGGAAAAGUAGAAAGAAAUUUGAGCAGAGAAAUCGAGGCGAUUAAUUUUUGGUAAGCAAAUCAAUCAGACGUCGUCGCAUCACAGUCAUCUUCUUCUUCUUCGUCGGCAACGUUCUUUUGUCUUCUCGUGCUGCUCCCCAGAAUAAUUUGAUCUUAUCUGCGUGCUUUUAUACAGAUCUCAUCUCCUCCUAUAUUAAGUAUUAACAAACCGUCUCUGAGUGAGUAAAGCAGGCCAUUUUUAUUUUUUGGGACCAAUAUGGCUGGCAAAGAUGAUGCAGCUACGCGUGCUAAUAAUGAUUGGGAAGUUGUUUCCCUUACUGCUUCUGCUUACGCUGCUUCUCCUGGUCCCAACAAACCACUCGACCUGAAACAUGAUGAUGCUGACAUGGAUGCACUUACUCCUCCUCCUCCUCACGAUUCAGCUCAGACUUCUCAUCCUUUGUACACGUCUCGCCACUUUGUUUUCCCUCCUCCUACUUCUGUUGAUGAGCUUCAGACGGAUACCACUAGCGACCUGCUUACCGAUGGUCCUAGUAAGAAGUUAGAUUCUGCUUUCUCUGUGGGGCAAGAAACCGGGUCUGCUCUCAAGAAACAUGAUCAGGGCGAUUUGACUCUCAAGGGCUUGGAUUUAUCUGAUGAUGAUUUUGCCCGACUUGACUUUUCCCACGAUAAAGGAGGCAAAACCCAUGACAACAACAACAUUUACAAGACAGCCAUGACUUCUCUCGACGAUGAAAGAGCUAUCUCUGGGUAUGAACAACAGACUGAACCUCUUCAAGAACCGACUGAGCCAGCCUCCGCCUCCUCUCCAUCUGAUGAUGUUUCUUCCGAUCUCAAUCCUACUACUAAAGAUGACAAGAAUGAUGAUGUCCCACCUUGCCAAGCCUGGUGGAAAAGAAGCGCUGCGUCUUUGAUUGCACAAGCUAAAGAAACCAACACUGUUUGGUCCAUCUUCAUUGCUGCAGCUGUCAUGGGAGUUGUGAUUCUUGGCCAACAUUGGCAACAUGAGAGGUGGCAGAUUUUGCACCUCAAGUGGGAAUCUACCAUUGGAAACGAGAAAGCUGGAAGAUUGAUGGGGCCGAUCUCUCGUCUGAAACAAGCAUUUGUCGGAGGAGGAGGACAGCGUAGGGAUUCAUUCAUCCGAGCCAGCUCCCAUAACGACAGUUAAAAAACAAAAGACGAGAUAAGGUGAUUAGCUUUGAUAAUGACGAUAAGAAACAAGAGUAACUGUUUGGGGGGUGGAAAAACAUAAUGUAAUGGUAAAGUUCUGAAUGUUGUUUAGUUCCGUCAAGGGUUUGCUUUGUACAUAUAUGCUUUACUUCUUUGGUGUGAAAAAAAAAAAACUCAUUUACCCAUUUGGUGAUUUAGGGACUACAAUGCCUAUCAUACUAAUCCUCUGUUUAUA